ACUGCGGCCGCAGGUUCCGCUGUCUCGGGAACCUUCGUAGCCCUCGGUCCGGCGGCGGCGGCGGCGGCGGCGGCGGCAGUAGCGGCGGAGGCGGGUUCAGGCCUCCGGUGCGGCCGCAAUGCUGAGCUCCCGGGCCGAGGCGGCGAUGACUGCGGCCGACAGGGCCAUUCAGCGCUUCCUGCGUACCGGAGCGGCUGUCAGAUAUAAAGUCAUGAAGAACUGGGGAGUGAUAGGUGGAAUUGCUGCUGCUCUUGCAGCAGGAAUAUAUGUUAUUUGGGGACCCAUUACAGAAAGAAAGAAGCGUAGAAAAGGGCUUGUGCCUGGCCUUGUCAAUUUAGGGAACACCUGCUUCAUGAACUCCCUGCUUCAAGGCCUGUCUGCCUGUCCUGCUUUCAUCAAGUGGCUGGAAGAGUUCACCACUCAGUACACCAGGGAUCAGAAGGAGCCCCCCUCACAUCAGUAUUUGUCCUUAACACUGUUGCACCUUCUGAAAGCCUUAUCCUGCCAAGAAGUUACUGAUGAUGAGGUCUUGGAUGCAAGCUGCUUGUUGGAUGUCUUAAGAAUGUACAGAUGGCAGAUCUCAUCAUUUGAAGAACAGGAUGCUCACGAAUUAUUCCAUGUCAUUACCUCAUCAUUGGAAGAUGAGCGAGACCGCCAGCCUCGGGUCACGCAUUUGUUUGAUGUGCAUUCCCUGGAGCAGCAGUCAGAAAUAACUCCCACACAAAUUACCUGCCGCACAAGAGGGUCACCUCACCCCACAUCCAAUCAUUGGAAGUCUCAACAUCCUUUUCAUGGAAGACUCACUAGUAAUAUGGUCUGCAAACACUGUGAACACCAGAGUCCUGUUCGAUUUGAUACCUUCGAUAGCCUUUCACUAAGUAUUCCAGCUGCCACAUGGGGUCACCCAUUAACCCUGGACCACUGCCUUCACCACUUCAUCUCAUCAGAAUCAGUGCGGGAUGUUGUGUGUGACAACUGUACAAAGAUUGAAGCCAAGGGAACAUUGAACGGGGAAAAGGUGGAACACCAGAGGACCACUUUUGUUAAACAGUUAAAACUAGGGAAGCUCCCUCAGUGUCUGUGCAUCCACCUACAGCGGCUGAGCUGGUCCAGCCACGGCACGCCUCUGAAGCGGCAUGAGCAUGUGCAGUUCAAUGAGUUCCUGAUGAUGGAUAUUUACAAGUACCACCUCCUUGGACAUAAACCCAGUCAACACAACCCUAAACUAAACAAGAACCCAGGGCCCACCCCGGAACCCAGUCAAUACAACCCUAAACUGACCAAGAACCCAGGGCCUACGCUGGAGCUGCAGGAUGGGCCGGCAGCACCCACACCAGUUCUGAAUCAGCCAGGGGCCCCCAAAACACAGAUUUUUAUGAAUGGCGCCUGCUCCCCAUCUUUAUUGCCAACACUGUCAGCGCCGAUGCCCUUCCCUCUCCCCGUCAUUCCCGACUACAGCUCCUCCACAUACCUCUUCCGGCUGAUGGCAGUUGUCGUCCACCAUGGAGACAUGCACUCUGGACACUUUGUCACUUACCGACGGUCCCCACCUUCAGCCAGGAACCCUCUCUCAACCAGCAACCAGUGGCUGUGGGUCUCCGAUGACACCGUCCGCAAGGCCAGCUUGCAGGAAGUCCUGUCCUCCAGCGCCUACCUGCUGUUCUAUGAGCGUGUCCUUUCCAGGAUGCAGCACCAGAACCAGGAGUACAAGUCUGAAGAAUGACUGCUCUCCUGUGAGGCUAGAGACGAUGGCACUGUCUGCACUGUCCUGGAAAAAAGUAAAACUUACUGUGUGUGCAAGCAGCCCCACUAGAGCCUUCCAGCCUUCCAGUGUGUUCUAAGAGCAGGCUCCACCUGGGAGCCAGCCCCAAUUCAUACCAAAUCAGGCUCCCUGAACAGCUCUAUUUGUGUGUGUACAUGGCACCAUCAUGUUAAGAAAGCGUUCGUUAUGGCUAGAGUGUCUUUUUACUCAUCUGAUACAGGUAAUUUAAAAAAUUCAGAUUCUUGAAGCUGCUCUUUUCAUAUUGUAAUGUUAGGUGUUCUCAGAGGGGAGGUACCUUUGUCUAAUCCUCCCACAUUUCCAAAUAGAUCUUUUAUUUUUAAUAAGCAGGCCCAUGAAAAAUUGUUGGCAAGAAUUAGUGAAAUUAUUAAAGGCAAGAAUUUAGAAGAAAAAGUGCCUUUCACUUUCGAUUGCUUUUGUAACACGUCCAUUCUGAAAUAUUCCUUCCAGGUCAAAGGACAGCAAGAGAACAGGUCAGAGUUGCCUAGAGAACACCUUCCUUUUUCUAUGCCUUUUCUAACCUUUCCAUUCUUUCUAUGGAGUCAAGGUUCAUCUGCCAAAUCUGCCCCCUGGGGAAACUCUCACUACUUUGUCAGUUAUAAGUGAAAAGCUUACUUGUUGCUUUUAUCUUUUGUAUAUUGGACUGAGAUGUUAUUAUAGUGUAUUAUAAAACUGUGAAUAGCCAGAACUGAGCAGUAUCUUUGGAACACCUGAUUCCUCUACUGUGGAAAACUCUUUCUUACACAAGGAUCCACUGUGCACAGUUACCUUCAUCUGUUUAUUUAUUGCCAUGCAGAGCUCUUAAGGUUUACGGGUAGGAGCUUGUAUAAAAAGACAAUCUCUGCCCUGAGUUGACAGCUGGCUUAGGAAGGAAGGGCUGACCAUGGGGCUACAGUCUCCCUGGACCUCAGUGUUUUCAUUUGUGAAGUGAAGGGUUAGAGUUGACAACCAGCCCUUUCCACAAAAAAAGAAAGCAGCUUGACUUUUCAACACGUAGCUACAGCUGGCAUCUAGUAUUGUCAUGUUGCUCUAGGUCCAUAUUCUAAAUUUAUUCAUUUCCAGUAGCCUAAUACAAAGAGUAUGUACUGAGCACAGAUAAGUCUCUGAAUGCAGCCCAGGGCCAAAGGAAUUUUGAUGAUACAGUAAUACCUAUGUGUUAAGCUAGAUUUUUAAUUAAAAAAAAAAAUGAGUACCAAAUUCAAACUGACUCUGGUAUCAGAGAUAAGAUUUGGAAUCAGACCUAUCCAAAAGGUCCUGAGGUAAGGCUAAGAGCUGUGCUUCCUCGGCUGGGGGCGAGCUGGCAGACACACCGAACAGUGCCUUGGCAGCAGCUCAUGGUGCAGGAAGCCCUGGUGGUCACUUGUCUGCUGGGCCCAGAUGACACCCUGAGGACUCAGUAACUCUUGCUCUCAACAGAGUAGACUAUGUAGGCUCUCCAGGCCCUGGGCGCCAGGGUGGAAGGGGCAGCUUGAACUAUGUGUCCGUUCUGCCCUCGCCCACUGCAGACCUUGGCUUUCAUGUUGAAAUGAACGCACCUGUUUUACCCAAGUCUGGUGGAACAAAUGCCCAAUCAUGUGACCUUAAAGUAUACUGCAAAGCUGUAGCUUUAAGUGAUUGCUGUUCUGCCACUGCUAACUCUUUGAAAUCUACCAUUAAAAAAAAGAUGAAGAAAAGGAGCUGAGUCUUGGAACAUACGGUUGUAAGCAGAUCUUUCUUUGCUCAGAGGCCAGGGUUUCAGCCAAGGCUGUAAAUGUCAACAAUAUCUGUGCAAAGUCUUUUAACCUGACUUCUUUUGUAAAUUAUUAGGCAUUAAGUAGCAGCCCAAUAAUCUGAUUUCUAGUUUUAAGUUAUUUUCAAAGUAAGUAGUUCUUUUGGGGAAAACCUAAGUUAAACUAAUAGUUUUUGCCAUAAUAACUGCCGACAUAUGUAUUUGCUAAAGGUACUUUUGUAUCUGCUGUGUAUUAUAGCAAUAAAAUAAUCAUUUUGUUAG